UUAUUGUAGUUCGAUGUAAAUGGUACACGUGAAUGAGAAAAAUAGUAAGUAAUAUAAUUCAUGUGAUAAAAAAUUGUUAUUAAUAUUAUUAUUUAAAUUAUAAUUUAAAAAUAUAUAAAGAAAAUAUUUUCAAUUAUAAAUGACACUAUAUAUUUGAAAAUUUAAAAGAAAAGAAAGGACAUUAUGUUUUCAUUGCGGCAAAUAAUUCGAUGCGGGAUGCAACUGACACUUACGAAAGAAUUUACAAAUUUACAUCAGAUCUCAUUGAUUCGAAAAAGGAAAUUUAAUGUUGAUCUACAUGAUUCAAUUUUUAUUCGAACGAAAACCAAUCUUCCUGAAUCACUAGAAAAAGAAGAAGUUAACAAAGAUGCUAACAAGAAAGUGCUUGGCAAAAUUCAAGCUAAAAUCAAAGUGAUGUUUACAUGUAAAAAGUGUAAUUUUCGAAAUGGAAAAAUUAUAUCGAAAUUAGCUUACGAAAAAGGAUUAGUUAUAAUUCGUUGUGAUGGUUGUAAAAAUAACCAUUUAAUUGCUGACAAUCUUGGAUGGUUUGAGGAAUUAAAAAAUAAGCAAAAUAUUGAAAAGUUAUUGGCGGCAAAAGGAGAAACAGUUCGAAAAGUGCUAAAUGAUGUUGAUGGAUAUAUCGAGGUGGUUGCUAAAGCAGAAUUUGAUUUAAUACAACAUAAUAAAGAAAGAAAACAACGUUUAAUUGAAGAACAAGAAGAUAUACAUAAUAAAAAUAAAAAGGUUACAUCUUCGAAGGAAUUAGAAUAAAGAUUCUUUAA